GCUUCGCCUCCUGGGGAUGCCAAUGCUUCUGCUGCAACGAAUACACCAUCUCAACCGUCCCCGGAGUUUCUGGCUACGGUUGUGCAAGCUGUAAAGGCUGCUCUGGCAGCGGAACAGGCUUCAGUACCUUGCCCAGCUUCUACGGCCCUGCCAAACCAAAGCUAAUCUUCGUAGACCGCUAGCCUGUCCAGUGCGUUGGCCUUUGGGGGCGUUCCCUCGCUGCUAUCUUCGCAAGCCUCCGCUUUUGCAGCUUCUGGAGCGGGCUUUGCUGCACAUUCC